GCUACUCGCAAAAACUGAGAACAGGCUUCUCUGCAACACAACAAAGAAAAAGAAUCAUCCAGAAAUUCUCGAGGUCCAGAGCUAAGCAAUGUCCUGCUUGCUAUCUUGCUGUUCAUCUUUGACGUGCGGACUCUGCUCCUCCGUCGCCUCCGGCAUCUCCAGACGCUCCGCUAGGCUUGCUUACUGUGGCCUUUUCGGCGUCUCCUUGGUCGUUUCAUGGAUUCUCAGAGAAGUUGGAGCUCCUUUGAUGGAGAAGAUGCCAUGGAUAAAAACUGAGCCACACCCAAAGGAAUGGUUUCAAACACAGGCAGUUCUUCGAGUGAGCUUAGGAAAUUUCUUGUUUUUUGCUAUAUUGUCCCUUAUAAUGAUCGGUGUAAAAGACCAAAAUGAUAGGCGUGAUUCAUGGCAUCAUGGAGGAUGGAUGGUUAAGAUGCUGAUCUGGAUUUUGCUCGUCAUCCUCAUGUUUUUCCUUCCAAAUGCUAUCUUCUCAGUUUAUGGAGUUACAUCCAUAUUUGGAGCUGGAUUGUUUUUAUUGGUUCAAGUGAUUAUCUUACUUGAUUUUACACACUCCUGGAAUGAUUCCUGGGUUGAGAAGGAUGAUCAGAAAUGGUAUAUUGCUCUUCUUGUGGUAUCAAUUGGAUGCUACCUUGCAGCAUUCACGAUCUCAGGACUUCUGUUUAUUUGGUUCAAUCCUUCAGGCCAUGACUGUGGCCUCAAUGUCUUCUUCCUAAGCAUGACUAUGGUUCUUGCAUUUGUAUUUGCAGUAAUUGCUUUGUUCCCAGCGGUAAAUGGGAGCCUGUUACCUGCUUCUGUGAUAUCAGUUUACUGUGCAUAUUUGUGCUAUACUGGUCUCUCUAGUGAACCUCGUGACUACGUGUGCAAUGGUCUUCAUACAAAAUCUAAAGCUGUCUCCGUUAGUACCCUUGUCCUUGGGAUGCUCACUACCGUUCUCUCUGUUAUUUAUUCUGCUGUUCGUGCUGGAUCUUCAACAACGUUUCUCUCGCCGCCAUCUUCACCAAGAGCAGGUGGGAGUAAACCUCUUCUCGAAGCUGAAGACUUGGAGGACGGAAAGAACAAAAAGAAUGAGGCAGAGGGAGAGGGGCAACCUGUCAGUUACUCCUAUACAUUCUUCCACCUCAUAUUUGCUCUUGCAAGCAUGUACUCAGCCAUGCUACUUUCAGGCUGGACUAGCCUGAAUGGUAGCACGGACCUCAUAGACGUUGGCUGGACAUCGGUUUGGGUACGUAUCUGCACGGAGUGGGUCACUGCUGCUCUAUAUAUUUGGUCACUCAUCGCCCCUCUGCUUCUCACAGAUCGCGAGUUCUUUUAGGUCUGUCAUUUCAUUCCGAGCGUAUAUUUAUCAUUCUAGUACAUAAUUAUAUAACUUAAAUCACUAGGAACAGGGAAAGAAAAAAAACAUCGGUAAGUCGUCUACCAGGUCUCUUAGGAAAAAAAAAGUAUAUAAAAUGGGUGUUGUAUUGUAGACUGAAGAAAUAUCCUGGAGUUGAAUGACAUUGGCCUGCCUACAUAGAUUGUAUUUAGUUUUUGUUUGUAAUUUAAUUUCUGUUGUGAACUUUUGGGCAUCUUUUAAUUGCUUCACAUUUUGCUUGC